GGUUCUUUCUUUUAUCAUUGCCUGCCUGUUGCAGCUUUUUGAACAAAACCAUCCCGUUCACGCCAACUCUUCCCAAUUCCAAUCUUUUCUCUUCUUCUUUCUUCGUCAAACCACGAGCGCCUCCCUCUCCCGAAGUGAUACCCAGCGCGCGCAUCGCCUGUUAUACCCUCAAGUUUUUUUCUUCCCUCUUUUCUUUUUUUUUCACGAGUUCAGUAAUUCACAUCCAUCAGUAUGUCGUCUCUGUCCACGAGCGUGAAGCUUCCUCGCUGCCUGCCUGGCACUAGGAGGGAAGGAUGGAACAAAAAGUGAUGGGUUGCUGACUGGAGGUCUACAACAACAACAGAAAUGCUUGAAGCACGGUUGGAGCAGGCGUCGAUCCUGAAGAAGGUCGUCGACGCCAUCAAGGACCUCGUGCAGGACUGCAACUUCGACUGCAACGACUCGGGCAUCGCCCUGCAAGCCAUGGACAACUCGCACGUCGCGCUCGUGUCCAUGAUGCUCAAGACGGAGACCUUCUCGCCCUUCCGGUGCGACCGCAACAUCGCGCUCGGCGUCAACCUGACGUCGCUGACCAAGGUGCUCCGCGCCGCGCAGAACGAGGACAUCCUGACGCUCAAGGCCGAGGACGCGCCCGACGUGCUCAACCUCGUCUUUGAGUCUUCCGAAAACGACCGCAUCUCCGAGUACGACCUCAAGCUCAUGGACAUUGACCAGGAGCACCUGGGUAUUCCUGAUACCGAGUACGCGGCCACCAUCAGCAUGCCGUCGGCCGAGUUCAAGCGGAUUACUACUGAUCUCAUGGCCAUGAGCGAGAGCGUCAACAUCGAGGCGAGCAAGGACGGCGUCAAGUUUAGCUGCCAGGGCGAUAUCGGCAACGGCAGCAUUACCCUCCGCCAGCACACCAAUGUCGACAAGCCGAGCGAGAAUAUCGAGAUUGAGUUGAGCGAGCCGGUUUCCCUCACAUUCUCGCUCAAGUACCUGGUCAACUUUUGCAAGGCGAGCGCGCUGUCGAGCACGGUCAAGAUCUGCCUCUCCAACGAGGUGCCGCUUUUGGUCGAGUACAACAUUUCGGCUAGCAGCUAUUUGAGGUUCUAUCUUGCGCCCAAGAUUGGCGACGAGGAGUAAACGCCCCAUGUAUCUCCAACCGAACCACAUGUUUGUUACAAACGACAACAACCACGAACUACGCCGUCUUUGCAUGUACGCGAUGCUGGGAAUCUACACCCUUCAUGGAUACCUCGAGUUGUUAUAAAAGUCUCUUGGGGAGGAAUGCAGUCAUGUAGAAGAUAAGGGUUGAUGAUGAGAAGAAAAUGGGCUAUGAAGAAAAGAAAUUUGUGUUUUGAAAGAGUCUGGCAUUAGUACACACAAAGUUUUAGAGGGCGUUUUGUUCUUUCUGUUGCGAAGAUGAGUGCUUAGGGAAGAAGAUGCCGUG